AUGAGUCGCUUACGCCCGGUAGCUGAUUCCCUGCAGCUCUAUGGGUUCGUUUCAAAGGGCGAUAAGAAGUUACUAGACCACAAGGUCCAGGCCGAGUACUUCGACAAUAUAGCCGGCAGGUACAUGCGAUUCUGCGAUGACCAUUCCAAAGACCUUGACGCCGCCCAUGCGUCCCUUCCAACAAGCUCCUCUAAUGAUGCAACCUCCAAUCCGCCCGCUACCCAGUCAACCUUGAAAUCGAACCCCGCACAGAGGCAGAGGGGCACCCCGCCACCAGCAGCGGAGCUAUCCACACUCCUUCUAUCACUUCGAAAACUGCGCGAAGCCGUUCUGGCAACGGCCGCGACCGUUCCGACGGGAUUCUCACAACGUGUCCAUGUGUUCUCCAUCCGACUUUCCAUCCUAGCACACCACCCGCCUUCUUACUUUCCUUCCUUGCGAUACGUUCUGAACAAACUGCAUUCACCAUCACACCCACUGGCCGAAGCAAAAGAGCUUAUAACAUACUUGAUUCUCGAUUAUGCAUGUCGACAAGAAGAUCUGGCUGCGGCGUUUGAACUGCGCGCCCGAGCGCGCAAAGAGCACGCUUAUCAGUCGCAUACGGUGGACAAGGUUCUCACUGCGUUGAUACACAACAAUUGGGUGAUAUUUUGGCAGAUCCAUAACAGUGUCGACUCUCAUGUUCGCGCGGUGAUGAAUUGGGCUGUGGAUCGGAUGCGCAGACACGCGCUCAAGGCCGUUGGUAGUGCCUAUCUCAACGCGCAUAUCAAUUGGAUUUUACACGGCUGCACGGGAGACGACCAGGGCUGGACAUGGGAGGAGCUGGUGGAGAAAGAGAAGCUUCUCUGGGAGAGGGAAGGCGAUAAGAUUAUCAUCAAACGGCCGAGACAGAGGCCUGCACCAAAAGAAGAGCGAAACCCGCCGGCUGCAUGA